UACCAAGAUUACGGAAGUGGGCGGAAUAGGUGAGAUUGAUUGAUCGAAAAGGAAGACUGAAUCAGUGUGACACACAAGAUGGCCAUGAACACGCGCAGUGUACAGCGAGCUCUCAACAGCAUGAUGGGUGGACGCCAUGCCCAGAAUGGAGACUAUAUCAACAGAGAGCCUGUCAUGAGGAUAGGAUCCGAGUACCAGGCUGAGAUACCAGGGCUAGCAUCACAAGGUAACUCCUCUGUGAAGGGGGUGGGGUCAGUGCUGGUGUGGGCACCCUGUCCUCGCACUCAUGAGAGGGAUGUCAAUGAGUACAUCAAGGUUGCCAAGGAACAGUAUGGCUACACACUGGACCAGGCACUGGGCUUGCUCUAUUGGCACAAGUAUGACAUAAAGAGAGCUACAGAAGACCUGGCCAACUUUUGCCCUCUACAAGAUGAGUGGUCAAUGGAGGACAGGGUGACGUUUGAACAGGCAUUCCAGUACCAUGGCAAAAACUUUCAGCGAAUCAGAGCCAUGCUCCCAGACAAACCCAUUAGCUCCCUCGUCAAACACUACUACCUACGCAAGAAGAGCUAUUCUCAAUACUCACUCAUGGACAAGCAUGCCAAGAAAAACUGGAAGAGAAUUAGCACUGGUAUGCCUAUCAGCAAUGACGACACUGACUCAAAUAAGUCUGGGUCCAGUCGAUCGGAAACCUUCGCUGCACCCCUCCCAAUAAUGCUUCCACCCCUACCAUUAGGACCAGGAGCUAAAGGCAAGCAGCUGCCUAAAGGUAUCUACCUGUCCACUCAUGAGCUGAGCAGUCUCACUAACGACACCAGUCACACCUUCUUACAGCAGCUGGACCGUGAGAUAAAGCUGUACAGAGAAACCAUUCAGAGCAACAUACAGACCAUUGUGUCAGUGAAGGAUGGGGGACAUGAUAACAUUGAGAAUUUCAGGCCACAGGAGUUUUCCAAGAAGUCUGGAUUGUCUAUGCAAGGGUGCAAGUGGUCUGAUGAAGAAAUACGAAUAUGUCUAGAAGUGAUUUCGAGCCAUGGCAAAAAUUAUGACGCUCUUGUCAGUGCUCUGGAGGGAAAAACCCUUCAGCAGGUCAAAAACUUCUUCACUAACUAUAAGAGAAAACUCAAUUUACCCAAGCUCAUUGCAGAGUACGAGAUCAGUCAUGGCCAGAAAGCAUCUCGUUACAGUCGUCAAGCUCAUGAACUGCUAGAGAAUGGAGGACUGGAUGAUGAUGAUCUAAUGUCAGAGAUUAUCCUGGGUCCCACAGAGAGCAAACGACCGAGGAUGAUGAGUGGACACAUCGCCAAUAGUAUCACUAUGCCAACCAUUGCCAUGGAGGUCACACAUAAUGGUCAAGGGCAGUUCUGAGCAUUGAAUUUGUCUGUCUAUUUGUUUUACAACAGGUUGUCUAUAAAUAUUUUAUUUAUGUACACAGUGUUUAUAGGACUUGGCAGAGUUCUGUUUAAUCCAUGUCAGUCUGUGUAACAUAAUUAUAGCUUUUGUCUAAUUUUGUUCUAAUUUUGUGUUGGUAGUGUACAUGUACAUUAUAUAACCUCACUGUUAUCAAACAUCAGUUUACAUGACAUAAA